AUGGAUGUGUUUCUGGUGAUCCGACACAAGGAGACCACCAUCUUUGCUGAGGCCAAGGAGUCCAGCCCAGUGUUGGAGCUCAAGCACAUAGUUGAGGGCAUCCUGAAGAGGCCUCCUGAGGAGCAGCUGCUGUUCAAGGAUGACCAGCUCCUUGAUGAAAUGAAAACUCUAGCUGAAUGUGGCUUUACCAGCGAGGUAGCAAAGCCACAGGCCCCAGCCACAGUGGGUCUGGCCUUCAGAACAGAAGAUGCCUUUGAAGGCCCUUCUAUCUUCCCCUAUUGUUGUCCACCACUACAUCAAGCACUGAGGAAAGAUUCUGCAAACAGUGGUAAGGAACAAGUUGUACAGGGAGGGCUCCAGGCCAACCUCCUAAAGACCCAUUUUCCAAACAAGCACAGAGACAAGAAGGAAGUGGCUCUGUUCCUGCAGUUCUCAAUCUCAGAUUCCUAG